UUAUUUUUAGUGAUUGCGAAACUGUCAAACUUUAAUAUGAAUUUGUGAUCUAAUUUGUAAUUUUUAUUAUUUUUUCAAAAUAAUAAUUUACUUCUCUAUUUAUUUUAAUCAGGUGUAUAAAUUCCACUUUUCUCUCUACUAUUAAUGUGAUAUAUCAGUCAGUGCAAAGUGUGUUUAUUUAUAAAACAUGGAAGAUAUAUUUCAGUGGUGUCGAGAAGGAAAUGCCCUACAAGUAAGGGUUUGGUUGGAUGACACUGAACAUGAUAUGAAUUUGGGCGAUGAUCAUGGCUUUAGCCCUCUCCACUGGGCAUGCAAGGAGGGUCAUCUCAAAAUUGUUGAGAUGCUGAUCAGACGAGGGGCCCGCAUCAAUGUCACCAACAUGGGUGAUGAUACACCGUUGCACCUGGCUGCUGCGCAUGGGCAUCGACCCAUUGUACAACUGUUGUUACAAAAUCGUGUGGAUGUAAACUUUACGAAUGAACACGGCAACUCCCCGCUGCAUUACGCCUGCUUCUGGGGGUACAGCGCGAUCGCUGAGGACCUGCUGAUGGCCGGCGCACUGGUCUCGAUGGCCAACAAGGAUGGGGACACGCCCCUUGACAAAACUAGAGGGCAGCUAGUACAGAGACUCCACGAAAUGGCAGUGCAACAAGGGCAGGAGCUUAAGAAGAUCCAGUUCAAGGACCAGUCGUGGCUCGGCCUCAAAACGCGCAGCAGGGACGCGACGCUGUCCCGCCACAAGGGCAUCAACAUCAACGAGCUCGCGCUGCACACGCAAAUAGCCACCACGCCUUCAGGCGAGACGUGGCGCGGCAAGUGGCAGCGCAACGACAUCGUGGCCAAGAUCCUCGCCGUGCGGGAGUGCACGCCGCGCGUGCAGCGCGACUUCAGCGAGGAGUUCCCCAAGCUCAGGAUAUUCUCGCACCCCAACAUACUGCCCGUUGUGGGAUGCUGCGUGUCUCCGCCGACGUUAGUGGUGAUCUCGCAGUAUAUGCCGUGGGGCUCCCUGUACGAUUUGCUGCACGGCGGGGGCGCUGGUCGGGUCGUGGUGGACGCGGCCGCGGCCACUCGGCUAGCCGCGCACGUAGCGGCUGGCAUGGCAUACCUGCACUCGCUACAACGAGAUAAGAUCCUGCCCACGUACCACCUGAACAGCAAGCACAUUAUGAUCGACGACGACAUGACAGCGCGUAUCAACAUGGCGGACGCGAAGUUCUCGUUCCAAGAGAAGGGCCGCAUCUACCAGCCGGCGUGGAUGGCGCCCGAGGCGUUACUGAAGCCCGCCGCCAAGAGGAACUGGGAGGCAGCCGAUAUGUGGAGCUUCGCUAUACUGCUCUGGGAACUGGCCACGCGAGAGAUACCGUUCGCCGAUCUGUCGCCAAUGGAAUGCGGCAUGAAGAUAGCUCUAGAAGGUCUCCGCAUAACGAUACCGCCGGGGGUGUCUCCGCACAUCUCUAAACUGAUCAAGAUCUGCAUGAACGAGGACCCCGGCAAGCGGCCGUCCUUCGAAAUGAUACUGCCUAUUUUAGAAAAGAUGACGCGCUGAUUUUGUUACGUUACAUGGAAAUUGUGAGUGAUGGUGUCCGAAUGUUAGUUACAUUAUUUUAUUUAUAUAUCUCUUACAGAUGUUAAACACUAUUAGGAUGUCUUAAAUGACUAUAAGAAGCGAGGUUUUCUAUUAGUUUGGUAUUUUUUUACGAUUACAUCACAUGAUUAUGUUCAGAGGGAGACUUUGUACAAAAGUCGUCUGCCUGGGUACCUCUGUCCCAUUCGUGUUUCAACUGUGAAGCAGUUGUGUUUAGAUGGCCGUGUUUCGAUUUGAUGAGUGGGAUAUGGCAAUGAAAUUAUAGUGUAUAGAGGAAUAACAGCUUAGUCCUCAGGAACGGCAAUACAUGAAGGGUAUCAUGGACGACACGGUUUACUCUGGUAAGUCAAUGAUACUAUUCAUUAAAAUGUUUUUUAUACAAAAACACAAUGUUAAAAGGGCUAUUAGUGACAGAAACACUAAUUUUAAUUCAUAUAUAAGAGAUAUAUAAUUUACAAGAUAGAAUGAAGCAUUCAGACAAAAAUGUUAUAUUUAGAUACAAGAUACAUAAGUGAUACAAGAAAAUUCAGCCACCAACUUGGGAAUUGGAACAUAUAUGUUGUUUUAUUUUCAUAACUUAUGUUGUUUUGAAUUUUUGUUCAAUUCCCAUAAGAAUUGCUAGGUAAGAAAAAUAUCCACAGUGAAUGGAAGACACUGUUGCGCGGGUCAAAAUACAUCACAAAAAUAUACAAUUUGUUAAAAAAACGCGAGCACCUCGAUUUUACGAAAUAUGAGUUAUAAUUUGCAAUUAUUGCAUAUUAAUUCUAUAACUUAAAAAAUAAUCAAACCAUUGGUUACUUUUUUUUUAAUAUAAUCACAAUUAAUUCUUAAUUUAAAUUUUAUACAUUGAAUAAGAAAAACUAACUAUAUAGAUAUAUAUAUAUAUAUAAAGGUAUAAUAUAUAUACAUAUUCAUCAAUAUAUAUGAAUAUAUAAUAAAUUGCCAAUAUUUAAAUCCAUUUUUAUUGAUAUUACAUCUACAAUAAAUUAUUUUUAUAUUUGACAAACUAUAGUU